AUGGGUAUCAAAGUGACUCCAUUUAUUCAAGCUAAUCGAAUCCUAAGGAGAUCUUCAACAGGUGUUCCAAAAGGGCAUUGUGCAGUAUAUGUAGGAGAGAGCCAGAAGAAGAGGUUUGUCGUGCCAAUAUCAUACCUGAGCCAGCCUUUAUUUCAAGACUUUUUAGCUCAAGCUGAAGAAGAGUUUGGCUUUGAUCAUCCAAUGGGUGGUCUCACAAAACCUUGCAAGGAAGACGUGUUCAUUGAUCUUACUUCCCGAUUGAGAAAAUUAUGA